AGCUUAUUCAAGCUGUACAAGAACAGAAACCAAGAUAACAUCACACACAAAAAAACAAAAACAAAAAACAGAAAGACAAAGACAGAGAGAGAGAAAACAGAAAAGCAGAAAUGGGAUUUGAAGGGGAAAAGAGAGAAGAGGAAGAAGGUGUAAGAAUGGCUAAUGAUUUCUUUUGGUCAUAUACAGAUGAACCUCAUGCUUCUCGUAGAAGACAGAUCCUCUCUCAGUACCCUCAAAUCAAACACCUUUUUGGUCCUGACCCUUUUGCUUUUCUCAAGAUAUCCGGAGUUGUUUUGCUUCAGCUUUGGACAGCUACCUUCCUCCAUGAUGCAACCUGGUUCAAGAUAUUGAUAGUCGCGUACUUCUUUGGCUCUUUUCUGAACCAUAAUCUCUUCCUGGCAAUUCAUGAACUAAGUCACAACCUAGCUUUCUCUACUCCAACCUACAAUCGUUGGCUUGGAAUUUUUGCCAACCUUCCCAUUGGUGUACCCAUGUCUGUCACCUUCCAAAAGUAUCACCUUGAGCACCAUCGCUUCCAAGGAGUUGAUGGAAUUGAUAUGGACAUCCCGAGCCAAACUGAAGCCCAUGUAGUGAAAAAUGUUCUUGCAAAAUCUAUAUGGGUCAUUCUUCAACUUUUCUUUUACGCAUUCAGGCCUCUUUUUCUAAAACCUAAACCACCUGGUGUGUGGGAGUUCAUUAAUUUUACUAUCCAGCUAUACCUUGAUGGAGCUAUGGUUUACUUCUGGGGCUGGAAAUCGCUAGCUUAUCUUAUCCUAUCCACGUUUGUUGGGGGCGGGAUGCAUCCAAUGGCUGGUCACUUCAUCUCCGAGCAUUAUGUCUUCAAGCCUGAGCAAGAGACAUACUCCUAUUACGGACCCCUUAACCUCAUGACUUGGAGCGUAGGAUACCACAAUGAGCACCAUGAUUUUCCAAGAAUUCCCGGAAGCAAGCUCUACAAGGUGAAGGAGAUUGCACCAGAAUAUUACGAAAACUUAGAUGCUUACAAAUCUUGGAGCCAGGUAAUCUACAUGUACAUAAUGGAUCGAACAGUUGGACCUUUCAGCAGAAUGAAGAGAAAGUUGUCUACGAAAGCAAACAAGUCCGAAUAGGUGCAGUAAUAGUCCUCUCUAUUCUUUGUUAAUUCUUUCAGUGUUACUAUGUGAUGUUUCUUAUUGAUUAUGACUCUUGGUUCUUUUGUAACAAUGUAAUAGAGUUCU